AUGUAUGCAUAACCCCCCCCCCCCCGAAAAAAAAGAAAAAGAAAAAAGAAAGAAAGAGAGAACUAUGUGUCAACAUAAUAAUAUUAUAGAACUACACUACAAUAUUAGUUUGCCUCGGUAGUCGGUAAUGUUAUUGACAGAGGAACCACCCAGGUAUAUAGUAGUUGCAUGCAUCAGUCGUGUUCAGGCCUUCGCUGGGAAACCGCGUUCCCCUCCUUGCCUUGUAGAAUCAUUGGGUUUCGUGUUAUUUAUCUAUUUUUUUUUCUUUUCUUUUUUACACGGUGAAAAGUGGCUGCUAUUAAGCGUCUUUUGUUUUGUGAUGCGUAGUUGCUGAAGAGUGUGGUGUUUAUUUUUGUGUUUAGAUAAAGCAGUCGUUUGUUUUGGUUUGUAUUUUCUUGCGAUAAAGCAUUGUUUUGUUCUGUUUUUUUUUUUCUUGAGAUGAAGCAUUAUUUUAUUUUGUUUUGUGUUGUUUUCCUUCGUAAAGUUUUAUGAAAUGUGAAUAUGAUCUGCCGGUAUUCGACCCUGCUGGUCCUGCUGACUUUUCAUGGCCCAAAUAUAUGCUCCUCGGAGGGUCCGGGGCGCGUGAGGGUGUUCAGCCUGCAGCGCGGCCUGUGGACGGUGCCGCGAGAGGACGUCUAUCUUCGCUACAACUUCUCGCGGGAUCCUCUGGUGCAAUUCAGCUUGUGCUAUAGGAUUAGAUUCGAAAGGUUCACAGAACUCAACACUCACCUGUCUUACACUAAUUCAUAUGCAAAUGUUGACACUGUUGGCGUAUACCAUGACGAAGAGAGCCUCAUGGUGUGGCUCGACGGCCAAGGGGUGACGGCCGCGCUGGACGAGGACGCCUGGAAGGUCCAUCUGGAGGAGUGGAACCAUCUAUGCUUUACUUUCACACAAACCAUUUUUACCAUCUACUGGCAGGGGGAUGAGUUCUUCAGGGCGCGACUGGACUUCAGCUGGGUCUUGGCCAUGAACGGAACCCUCAUCGUGGGACAAGAACAGGACACGCUCGCGGGUGGCUUCGAUGCCACUCAGGUGGUUGUAGCCGACGUUACUCAGAUGUCCUUCUGGGACCGGGUGCUGGAACCGAGGGAGGUGAGGGACGCCGCCUCCUGCAGGACGCUCGCCCGCGGGAACGUCUUCUCGAGUGACACUUCAACCGUCGAGGAGUUCGGCGUCAGUUCGGAGUGGGUGAACCUGGACCAGAUUUGCAAGUCACCAUCUACCAGGUAUGUCAUCAUGCCGGAGGAACGCAGCUUCCCAGACUCGAUCAACCUGUGUCGCUUAUUCAACUUGACAUUGGCGGUACCCUUUGGGCCUGAGGAGAACGCGCUGCUCACAGAGGCCCUGCAGCCCUUCAGAGACGUGUGCGCCCCAAGCAAGGACUGGAAACUCUGGCUCGGUAUAACUGACAAGGAAGUGGAAGACGUGUGGAGGGAAGUUUCAACAUCUCAGAUCAUAGAGUACCGAAACUUUGUCUCAUCCUAUCCCAUUGGUGGUAUCUUGUAUAACUGUGCUUUAUUCACUGUCGAAGGUCUUUGGCAAGAUGUCCCCUGCAAGGUGACCAACAGGAAGUGUUCAGCCUGCGCCGUGCGUAAUGAGAACUUUCUGCGCCUUAGGGGACUCUGCUAUGACAGCGAAUACCAAACCUACUUCAGGUUGGACGGCUAUAUACACGGACGGCCUAUGUUCUAUGGUUACUACGAUAUGGUCAUCCACUUCAACGCUGAUGAUGAUGCGUGGGUGCUGCGUAAUGCAUUUAAAAAUUCAACACUUCUGAUGCUUCUCAAGAUAAGCAGAUAUUCUUAUCCUUUAGGAAAAUUUGACUGGACAGUUACUGCCGACGUGUGUGGGAAGCCACUGGGAAGUAGUCUCACACUGAGCCUCUCAGCCUGUUCGAGCGACCAAUACAUGUGUGAUUCAGGGCAAUGUGUCCCUCAUGCUAAAAGAUGCAACCUUUACCAUGACUGUCACGACAAGUCCGAUGAACUGGAUUGCUUUAAGGUGAAGGUGGGGGACGAGUACCAGAGGGAGCUGCCGCCGACAGGACCAGAUAAUUCCAUUCUGGAGCUCAAGCCUAACUUUAAACUCGUCCGCAUUGCCAACGUAGAAGAUAUCAACAUGGUUGUUACACUAGAAUUUCAAAUAACAUUAACUUGGAUAGAUGAUCGAGUGUCAUUGAAGCACCUUCAUACACAGAAAGGCGGCAUCAUCUUAACGAGAGAAGAAAUACAGAAAUUGUGGGUGCCAAGAUACCAGUUCAUGAACUUGGCUCGCGGUGAAAAGAACCUCUUGGAAGAGACCAUAUCUAUUAAUUCUAUAAAUAAUCCUCAGAAGUCUGGCUUCAAUGAUGUUGACACGGACCUGACCUAUCCUGGAUCAAACAAUAGCCUAUCCAUCGCCCAGUAUUACGCAGGAACGUUCAUGUGUGUCUUCAAAUACUUUAGUUACCCCUUCGACAUCCAGACCUGCACGAUUGAAAUCAUUCUUCCAACCAAAUACGAAGACUCCGUCAAGUUCGUCGACGAGAACGUGAAGGUGACUUACGCGGGCUCCCAGGAUCUGGCGCUGUACACCGUCCAGCAGGUCCAGAUCGGCGAGGCGUCGGGGCCUCGCAAGAUGGUCCUGCAGUACAAGCUGAGGAGACGCCCCGGCGUGAUCAUGAUGACCACUUUCCUGCCGUCGGCUUUGCUUCUGCUGGUGAGCUGGGCGACACUCUUCAUCAAGCUCGAGGCCCUCAACGUCAGGGCGGUAAUGGCCCUCACAACGCUCCUCGUGCUUUACACUCUCUUCUCCAACGUCUCCAAAUCCCUCCCGACCACCGCCGAGAUCAAGCUCAUCGACAUCUGGUUCUUUUUCAUCAUAUUCCUCCUCUUCUCCAACAUCAUGGUCCACGUGUUCAUAAGGGAGACCACGACGACCGUCCAGUGCCUCAAGACUCUAACCAAAGUGCGGCAAAUACAGGUGCAGAGUGUGUCGCUCGGAAGUAACAAAGUCGCGGUUCUCUUCCCUUUCCUUAACAUUUACAGAAUGUUUAUUAUUCCGUCUCUCGUUAUCCUCUUCAAUUUGGUAUUUUGGCUCUAUGUGUUUGUGCUAUAGACGUGUGCUUAGUUAGUGUGAGAAAGAAGUAUGGAAAGUAUAUUGUAUUUUCUGGUAUGAUCAAGUAGAAGUAAUAUAUAUAUAUUUAUAUCCUCACGGAAUUAAACUUAAGCGCACGAUUUGAUAAUGUAUGAAUCUUACUGUAACGUUGAUGAUACUCAUGCAAUUCCUAUCAUAUAUCAAUUUCAUGUUUGACAUUUAUAUAAACUUUUUUCUGCAUUUUCAUAUUUGCUUAUCAUCGUUACAAUAUUUUACGUGUGCAUUAUCACGCAUCUCUCAAAGUUUAUAGUUUCUAUCCAUUUCAUCAGCUCCCAAAAGCCAUAGUAAUCUCAACUCUCCGUAUAGUAUUCUUACCUUUGAAAGAAUUUUGAUAUGCUGAUUUGUCCAUGGGUCCUUUUAAAUUAUUUUUUUAUGUAAUGAAUGACAAUCCUGUAAAAAAAAAGUUAAAAUACAGGAAGAUUGCUUUCCUUCUUUCACUGAACGGUGGGACGAGAAGUAAAUGAUGACAAUUAGACUAGAAAUCUUAUAAUCACAUUUAUUUGCUCGUAAAUAUUCUAUAAUUUAUUUAUGACAACGGCAAAGUCCCAUAAAUAUUAUAUAAGUUAUUUAUGACAACAGAAAAGCCCCAUUGAUAUUGUAUAGAAUGUUGCUUUUGAUACUGCUACUGACAAUAGAAAUUUUCCUAUAUUCAAAAGUUACCCCUUACAUAGUUCACGUUUCUGUGAUGUUUAUUCUAAGAAAACUUAUAAUAGUUGGCCUAACUAAAGGAGGACUUAAUUUUUCAUGUAAUUCUAUUACAAAUAUGAUGUAAUGCUAUUUUGGAAUUUACAUAAAUCAUGUAUGGUCAUAUAUAAAUAAAACUAAUACUGCCA